AUGUCCAGAUGCUGCUUCACUGGAGUUGGAUCCAUCAACAGCCAAGUAUAUUUCAUGGACGAACAUGCACCUGAGAUUCCAGUUGGUUAUAGCAGUUCCGCCACUUCACCAGCCAGCAGCGUCUGGGAGAGUCACCAGAUCCUACACAUGCAUGCACCCUUCCCCUCAUGGAGCCCCCACACCGGCACACUCCUUACCGCCGCUGCCACUGACCCGGCAACCUUCUGCGAGGAUCCCUUGUCACCAGCCCGCACACACCUUCCAAGCGGGCAUCUAUGGAACCAGACUGACCUUAGCAUGGGAGUUCAUGGGAGCAGCAACGAGCUUGGCGGGAGCAGUGGCCAUGGAAAGGACUUCCUUUCCUUGCUCGAAGCGAGGACGGUGAUGCCAGAAAUGCUCGAUGAUUUCUCCUCGGCGGCAUGCGACUACCUCAAAGGGAUGGACGGCAGCGACUACAACAGCAUCUCCGGAUCAGCUUCCUAUGGUUUUGACAGUGGCGGUCCGUACGCUGGCCCCAGUGUUCUGCCCGUCAGGCGUGAUGGGAUUGCGAGCUCUCCACCGGUGUACCUCGGGAACAGUACCUUGGUGCAAGAGAGCAUGAUGGGUUGCAUGCCAAGCCACAACCACGAGGUAAAACUAGAUGGUUCCCAGCAGCAGGAGCUUGGAGCUCCCAUGAAUGCAUUCCUGCACAAAACGCUUCCUACUAGUGUUGCAAUUCAUGGAAGCCCUCUGGGUUAUUCUGGCUCUGGGAGCGAAAGGGCUUUCCCGGAGGGCCGAGUAAUGCAGGUUUCGUUUGAUGCUAGGAUUUCACCAGAUGCAAUCUAUGCUAGUGGUUACAGAUCAAAAACAGAAUUGGCACAUACCAAUCAGUAUGAGCAACGUACUAUUUUGGCAAGGACUGGUACAGGUCAAAGUGGUGCUGCAGGUGAUCCUAAGAAGAGAAAAUCAGAGGAAAAGUUGGCAGGCAACGGAAAGAGGUCGAAGAAAGAUACUUCAAGUAGAUCACCUCCCAAGGCAGAAGUGCCUGAUAUGAAGUUGGGAGAGAGAGACAAGAUCAUAGCAUUGCAGCAGAUCAUCUCACCGUAUGGGAAGACGGAUAGAGCGUCAGUGUUGUAUGAAACCAUCAAGCACAUCGAAUAUCUACAUGAGCAAAUACAGCUAUUGAGUGAACCCUACAUGAAGAAUAGCACAAACGAGGUGCCCUUUCAAUGGGGAGGUAAAGAGGAGGACUUGAGAGGCAGAGGGCUUUGCUUGGUCCCUGUUUCUUGCACCCCGCAAGUUUUCCAGGAUAAUAGCCUGCCGGACUGCUGGACGCCGGUGUACAAGAGCUCCCGGUACCAAUGA